UGUCAGGCCGGGUUGGAGAGCGAGGCUGGCAGUAAUGGCGGCGCUGGCGCUGUUUUGCCGGAUCGGCCUGAGCGAGCAGAAGGCCAAGGAGACGCUGAAGAACGAGGCGCUGAGCGGACUCCUCGCACAGGCCGUGGAGCAGGCAGAGGCAAUCCUGGGCUAUGCUGUGGACAGGUGUACCGGUACACUGCUAUACAACGCCGCGACCCGCCUCAAGGAUCAGCAGCACCUGGCCUUCCUCGUCAAGUACAUCGCCACCAAAGGAGUCGGCUCUGACCUGCAGCUCAACGCUGCGGUGGAAUACAUUAAAAACCACCGUCUGGAUUCGAUUGACAGCACCGACUUUGAGAGAGAAUGUGGCAUUGGGGUGGUGGUGACACCAGAACAGAUCGAGGAGGCGGUCGAAGCAGCAGUAAGCAAGUACAGGAACAACAUAAUGUUGGAACGAUACAGGUUUAACAUGGGGCUGCUUAUGGGUGAUGUGAGGACUAAGCUGAAGUGGGCAGAUGGGAAGAUUGUCAAGAAUGAAGUGGACCUCCAGGUUCUUAACUUACUUGGACCAAAGACUGAAGCUGACCUGGAAAAGAAGGCCAAGACUCCAAAGGAGAAGGCACCAAGAAGUGGCCACAAAGACAAGGAAGAGGGAUCAAACAAUGAUCAGCUGACGCUGCACUCUGCAUCCGUGCUGGAGCAACUGCGGGGAGAGGCGAUAAAGUUCCAUCGGCCUGGUGAAAACUUUAAGACGGAAGGUUACGUUGUGACAGACAACACCAUGGAGCUCUUGCAGAAACACCUGGAGAUUACAGGAGGCCAGGUCCGCACGCGGUUUCCACCAGAGCCCAAUGGGAUUCUCCACAUCGGCCACGCCAAGGCCAUCAACUUCAACUUUGGUUAUGCCAGGGCAAACGACGGAAUCUGCUUCCUCCGGUACGACGACACCAACCCGGAGAAGGAGGAGGAGAAGUAUUUCCAGGGCAUCCGGGAUAUGGUGGAGUGGCUGGGCUACACACCGUACAAAAUCACCCACGCCUCGGACUAUUUUGAUCAUCUGUAUGAUUGGGCAGUGGAGCUCAUCAAAAGGAGGCAGGCCUACGCCUGUCACCAGAAGGUGGAGGAGAUCAAAGGCCACAACCCGCCCCCGUCCCCCUGGAGGGAUCGGCCCGUUGAGGAAUCGCUCCUGCUCUUCGAGCAAAUGAGGAAGGGCAUGUUUGCAGAAGGAGAGGUGACCCUUCGCAUGAAGCUGAUCAUGGAAGAUGGGAAAAUGGACCCAGUGGCUUACAGAAUAAAAUACACAGCUCACCAUCGAACUGGGGAUCAAUGGUGCAUCUACCCCACGUACGACUACACCCACUGCCUGUGUGACUCCAUCGAGCACAUCACACACUCGCUCUGCACCAAGGAGUUCCAAGCUCGCCGAUCAUCAUACUACUGGCUGUGCAAUGCCCUGGACGUGUACUGCCCCGUGCAGUGGGAAUAUGGUCGCCUCAACCUGCAGUAUACUGUGGUGUCCAAGAGGAAGAUCAUCAAACUGGUGGAGGCCGGGGCUGUCAGGGAUUGGGAUGACCCGCGCCUCUUCACGCUGACCGCGCUGCGCAGGAGAGGCUUCCCUUCGGAGGCCAUCAACAACUUCUGUGCCAAGGUUGGAGUGACGGUCGCACAGACGACGAUGGCCCCUCACCUGCUGGAGUCCUGCGUCCGCGAUGUUCUCAAUGACACGGCACCUCGGGCCAUGGCUGUCCUGGAGCCACUGAGAGUCACCAUUACCAAUUUCCCGUCCAACCAGCCGCUGGAGGUGUCUGUUCCCAAUUUCCCAGCGGAUGAGAGCAGAGGUUUCCACGUGGUUCCGUUCAGCCGCACCAUCUACAUCGAGCAGGCGGACUUCCGGGAGGUGAUGGAGAAGGGUUACAAGCGAUUGACUUGCGAGCAGCCGGUCGGGCUGCGACACACUGGCUACAUCCUGUCUGUGCAGCGGGUGAUCCGGGACAACGACAGGAAGGUGACUGAACUGGAGGCAACUUGUAAGAAAUCCGAGUCGGUGGAGAAACCCAAGGCUUUUAUUCACUGGGUGUCCAACCCUGUGACUUGUGAGCUUCGGCUGUACGAGAGGCUCUUUAUCCACAAGUGCCCCGAGGACUCGGCCGAGGUGCCCGGCGGCUUCCUGAGCGACAUUAACCCGAGCUCCCUGCAGCUGAUCCCAGCGGCUCUGCUGGACGUUUCUGUGCGAGCUGCCCGGCCGUUCGACAAGUUCCAGUUUGAGCGCGUGGGUUAUUUCUCUCUGGAUCCCGACAGCACGGAGCAGCGGCUGGUGUUUAACAGAACAGUGACACUGAAGGAAGACCCAGGGAAGAUGUGAGGGCAGAGGGUGUGAACAACCCCGGGCCUGGACUGUCUCACGCGGGGUGGAAGAACCGAGGGUUGUGCUUGCUCCAUCAAUCACAACUGGUCUGCAGAAUCUGAGCUCGAGCGGUGAACACACCCCCACCAUCCCAAUGCAUCUGCCUCUACACAACUGGAGCCCCGGCACGCUGGGCCACACUCUAUCACCCCAGUGCGUGAGCUGGCAGCAGGAAAACUGACCCACACAUUGACCAGCUGUGCCGCAGAUCAACAGGAGUGGAGAUCGUACUGCAAUCCCUGGUGUGCUGUGUUUUGUUCAUGAUAUUUCAUUGUUCUAUUGACAGAUCUGUACUGUGUCACCAUGCCCCCCCAUGGCCUCCCACCCCGCACUCCCUGCCCUGCCUACCUCCUUCCCAUUCUCCUCCUCCUCCUGCCCCUCCCAUGCCUCUCACCUCUACCCCCCACUCUCACUGCCUCUGUUCAGCUUAGGGUUCAUGCAGCAAGCUGUGGUCAGUUUUGAGAAUAAAGCAAUGCUUUUUGGA